GGUGAUGGGACAGGUACACAAAGUAUUUAUGGCCCAAGCUUUCCUGAUGAAAAUUUCAUACUCAAGCAUGAUGGACCAGGAUUACUGUCAUUGGCCAACAGUGGAAAGGACACAAAUGGUUGCCAGUUCUUCAUCACCUGUUCCAAAUGUGACUUCCUGGAUGGAAAACACGUGGUCUUUGGACGCGUGAUUGAUGGUCUUUUAGUGAUGAGGAAAAUAGAAAAUGUUCCUACAGGACCUAAUAAUAAACCAAAAAUUCCUGUGAUAAUAUCUCAGUGUGGCCAAAUGUAAAGCUCUUUCUCUUAAGUAAACUAAGUACACUAUUAUCAACUUUUUAAAAUAAAGAAAAGACACAGUCA